AAUUUAUCUCUGAUUUCCUAAAUCAGUUGGUGGGCAGCCUAUGUUUCUUUUGACAGGAUUCUCUGCCCCCACAACAAAGAACUAGAGACAACCAAACAAAGAAUAGACGAAAGCCCCACAUAUCAAUGAGAGAGGGAAAGAGAGAGUAGUGGCAGAAUCUCUCUCUCACUCUCGGGCUCGGUAUUCUCUCUCACGCACUCUUUUUUCUCUUGCAUCAUCUUUUAAGGAGCUGCCUUCCCUUUGAUUUGCUUUCUCAGAUGAAGACAGUCAUGGCUAAGAGCUCUCAAGAUUUCUCCUCCAAGAGGCACUUCCACUGGUCGACUAAAGUUGGCAACGAAGAUGUUGAUGAAGUUCCAAGCAUCAAAUCUUCCUCAAAAGCCGUUGAGGAAGAGAAAAAAGAGGAUGAUAAGGUUGCUGGGCCGGGACCUGUAGCUGCUGCAGCCCAAGCACAAAGGAGAAAACUUCAAGCUGUGGUGGUUUCGAGGGUUCGAUCGGUUUUGACAGCUUUUGGAAGGAACCGCUCGAAUCUACCUCUGGGUCUCGGUUCUCGAGUGGUUGGGACCCUCUUCGGGCAUCGGCGUGGGCGCGUUCAUAUUGCGUUCCAAAGGGAUCCCAAUUCUCAACCUGCCUUCAUGAUUGAGCUUGCUACGCCAAUUAGUGUCCUGGUUCGAGAAAUGGCAUCUGGGUUGGUUCGAAUUGCGUUGGAGUGUGAUAGGGAAAAGGAAGAAGAAAAGAAGGCUGUGAGACUGCUUGAAGAGCCGGUAUGGAGGACUGAUUGCAAUGGAAAGAAGUGCGGAUUUGCAACGAGGAGAGAAUGUGGGGCCAAGGAGUUGCAGGUCUUGAAGGCUGUGGAGCCGAUUUCAAUGGGUGCUGGUGUUUUGCCUGGGAAUGAAGCUGAAGCUGGGUCCGAUGGAGAGCUCAUGUACAUGAGGGCCAAGUUUGAGAGAAUUGUAGGGUCUAGGGAUUCUGAAGCUUUCUACAUGAUGAACCCUGAUAGCAAUGGAGCUCCCGAGCUUAGUAUCUACUUGCUCAGAGUCUAAGCAGCAAUUCAAGGUCUUAGUUAAUCUCCGCUUUGUACUUCAAGGUUAUGAAAGAGCAAUUAAUGAUACCUUGUUUAGCUCUUCAAUCAUGAAGAUGGAGGCCUAGAUCUCUCUCUAAUUAAGUACUUUUUUUUUUUUUUUCCCCUUUGUUGUCUAUGUAGAAAAUGAAGUAAGGGGUGGGUUAUACUUUGGUAGUGUAGGUGAGAGGGGGGCAAUACAUUACAGCAUGAUGGUGGUGGGGGUCCUGAAGGUGUGUUUAUUCAUAGUUUUUCUUUUUUAAUCCUUGAUUUUAAGUGAUGAGACAAGGAGGCUAAUGCAAUCAUGAUUGUCUUCGCAUUUUGGUUAAUUUUAUCUUCUUUGCCUGUAGUACUCAUAUUGAAUGAAGAAUUGCUUGUGCAACUCUUUGAAAAA